UACUUUGGGAGCAUUCAGGAAGGCAAAGAGCAGAUUUCCUGUUAGGACCAUGGCAACAAAAAAAAGUGUGGAUAAAAGGGGUCAGUAAUCUCUAAACCAGAGGAGAAAGAGCAGUCCGCUAUUCCCCUCCCAUGACUUCACUUCCCUCCCCUUCUCACAGACUUGACAUUUCAAAUCUCCAUACCACGCCAGUGCCACAACUACCAUGACCUUCGAAACAUGGAAAACUGGAAGCAGAAGGAUAAAGAAACAAUAUUCCUGCGCCUCACUGGGUACAUUUCCUCAUAUACAGAGGAGCCAAAGAACAGGGAGAUUGUGUGGACGAGAGGAAAAGAGGAGGAGAGAAAAAAGGCAGAGGGACACUGAGUGAAAAAACGACAGGAAACCAAAUAAUUCUGGUGCUGUUUUCUGCAAAUCCUCCUGAGAUAAAUCACUUCAGAGGACUGCCAUUCCCAAUCCACAUUUUACAAUUAUAACUGACAAGGGAUUUUCCCAUACAUUUUUGUAAGAUUGAUUGGAAAUGUAUAAAGCACUAAAACUCUGACAGAAUAGUGACGUCUGCUUCAUUCUUCUCUCAAGGACUUUUCAGUCUCCCACACAUUUAGUGUGGUUGGUCAAGAUGUGAGCAGCUGAAUCCUUUUUGGGAGGUUUGUAUGGUUUUUACUUCUGGGCUACAUCUCACCCCUUUCCCAGGGUCUGUUGGAUCAAUGGUUGUGUAUUUGAGGAUUUGUUUGUUCUGAACUCCUGGACUACUAAACUGGAUCCAGAUGAAGAAUAAAGGAACCAAGCAGAGGUCCAAAAAGAAAGGAUGUGAGAAUGCAUUCGGCUGUGACUUGACAGAACAUCUACACAAUUCAGGACAAGACGUUCCCCAAGUUUUAAAGACGUGUGCAGAGUUCAUUGAGAAACAUGGCGUUGUGGAUGGGAUAUACAGACUCUCAGGGGUCACCUCCAAUAUCCAGCGACUCAGACAGGAAUUUUGCACUGAGUUGUGCCCUGACCUCACAAAGGACAUGUACCUCCAGGAUAUCCACUGUGUGGGCUCCUUAUGCAAGCUGUACUUCAGGGAGCUACCCAAUCCUCUACUCACUUAUGAGCUUUACAAGAAAUUCACUGAAGCCGUCUCAGUCCAGGAGGAUCAUGAACGAUUACAGCAUAUUCAGGAUGUCAUUAAAGAGCUACCACUCCCCCACUUCAGGACUCUGGAAUAUCUUACCAAGCAUUUGGCCCACCUGGCCACCUUAAGCCCCCAGACUAACAUGCACAGCCGCAACCUGGCCUUGGUGUGGGCUCCAAAUCUGUUGCGCUCUAAAGAUAUUGAAGUUGCAUCCUGCAAUGGGGACAUGGCUUUCCUGGAGGUGCGGGUACAGCAGUCCGUGGUUGAGUUCAUUUUAAAUCACACUGAGCAGAUCUUCAACCAUGCAGCUGCACCAAUAAAACCUAAAGGACCCGGUUUGAUGUGUGGGGAGAAGUAUGCCACUUUGCCUAUCAGUGGCCAGGGUGGGCCAAUGAAGCUGAUGAGCCUGGAGGAGGCCCAGGCCCGCUCCCUGAGCCCUAACCACCCAGCACGGAAAGAACGACAACGGGAGAACAGUCUACCAGAUACCAGCACUGCCACGCUGUACCAUACCGUCAUAGACAUAUCAGAUAGCAAAAAGCUUUCUGGGAAAUCCAAAACGUGGAAGUCCAUCUUCAACUUGGGCAAGUCUGUGACAGACUCUAAGGGGAAACUGAGCCGGAAUGGGAGUGUGUUCUUGAGAGCACAGAACAUCACAGAAAAGGCAGCUAUCCGACCAGCUAGAAGCAUGGACUCUUUGUGCUCUCUGCCAACAGAUGAUGACAAGCCAGGAAAUUUCAACUCAGAAGGCGAGGCCAACGGUUUCUUUGCACCAGGCAUAAAAUCCAGAACACUUGGAUCUGACUCGCUCUAUGACCUCAGUGAACACCAGAGGUGGGAGUUUGAGAUUAAGAAAUCGAGUGAGGCCACAGGUGGCAGCAGCCCUAAUAUGAAGAGAAGGGGCUCUCCAAGUGUCUCACCACCCCAAAAGAAGUCUCUACCUGAACAACUGAAGGUUUUCAAAGGCGACGACCUCAGCAGCUGCCAGCCCACCUCUCCUAAAAACAGGAGGAUGCUGUAUUCUGGCUCCACCCACAGCAGCACAUCCAGGCCCUCCUUCCCAGGAAGCCUCUUCCCUGAGUCCUCCCCUAGGCAUCAGCGCAAGGCUCUCAACAUAUCAGAGCCCUUUGCUGUGUCCGUGCCCCUAAGGGUGUCUGCAGUCAUCAGCUCCAACAGCACCCCCUGCAGGGCAACAGGGAAAGAGAGGCCUGCUGCAGCUGCCCUGAAACCCAGCAGAGAAACCUCCCAGUCAGACCAGAGUGAUAGCAGCGGCAGCUCAAGUUUCAGAGAGCACCCCCUUGUAGAGAGCAGUGUGGGGAGUGAGAGCAGUAUUUACAGUAACAGCAGCUCAACCCCUCUGGAAAAGGAGGCGAGACCAGCAGAGGAGAGGAGCAGAGAGGAGGCAGCUUCCAAAAGUGUGCCAGAAGUUUCAGGAAGUGAAGGAGAGGUGAAAGAGGUUCAAGGGAAGGUGGAAGUAUCUGACCUGAGACAGUCUUCCACUCCCAAGACAAGAGAGGAAGAUAAAGAGAAACAGCAAUCUCCUGGAAAUCAACUGGACAGCCCGCCAGCACCGCAGCUUGAGACAAAAGAACUGACACAACUGGAUAUGGGAUCUCUACCUAUCAAGGAAGAACUGUGGUGUGAACUCCAUCUUGAGCUGAAAAUCACUGAGCCUGAGCUUGACAUUAUGGAAGAGGAGUUUAUGCCUGUUAUUUGUUCCACCAAGAACACUUGUGAGGAUGUUAAGGCAAAAAGAAGAACCAGUCUUCCAACUCACUCGUUAUUAUACAAGGGACAGCCUUUGAUGCCCACCAGGCCUGCAUUGACUGAUCAAAGUGCUUCUACAGUAGCACAUUCAGCAAGAAAGAACUCCUCAGACACACUAUUUCCAUUUGACAAAACAUUACAUUUCAUGGUUGGCACAGAUAUGAAAAAUACACCUCUACAUGCUGCUGAUUCAACAGAUAAAACAAAAAACAAACCCUACAUUUCCCCAAAAUCUAAGCACACAGAAACAGAUAAACCCAUCAGCAUCAAGCCACGACUUGUGGUUCCUCACCUUGCAGAGCCAAGUUUACAUUCUACUCAACAAAGCCAGGUCAUAAACCAUUUACAGCCAGGGGAUGACAUAACAUACAUAGGCAUGUCUGUAGUAGAGAAAGGAAAAGAGCCAUCAUGGAAAAGUAAAAAUCAAGAUUGGGUCAAAGGGCUUUUCCAUGAUGAUGGAAAGAAUGCUUUGUCAGUUGUCAUGGGAGGCAUUGAGAGGCUUUCAAUAUGUUUGGAGGAAAGACCCCACACCAUGGGGCUAGCACACCAAAAUGAUGAUGAUGGAUGUGGAGGACACUCCGAAUUGGAGGACUUGGAGGAGGAACCUUGGGAGGAGGUCUUCAGCUCCACCAAACAGUGGGUAACCAGUCCUCUUCAUUCACCCACAUUUAAGGAUUUGUUUGGAAAACUAGAUGUGUCAUCGUCUUGUUCUGCGGAAGAAGGUUUAAGCUCCAAAGAUCUAAACGUUCCUCCUCAAUCUAGAGAAGACAAACCAACAAAUGGAUCAUGUCCCGUUAGGAGCAUAGAAGUGAUUCCAGGAAAUAGCUCUCUAGCAUGCAGCGGCAAAACAGAGACUAAAAUCACACAUCCACUUCCGUUACCCGCCAAAACCACCAUGGUCGGUGAUGAAGCAACGAGACCACACAGAGAGAACAGCUGCAUAGCCAAGCAGAAAAACACCACCUCCUCCCAGAGAUUCCACAGACAGACGUCUUAUGAAGCAUGUUAUUCAGAAAAAACUGUGCAGGACAGUUUUUCCAAACACAGACCCUAUUCACUCAAUUUGGAUUUAGGACUUCGAUGCAUCAGAGACAUAUCCAAUCAGCAAAACCUGGAGUCAGCUGAGUUGUCCUCCAUUCAGAGAGGGGCAGUGACCCCGUCUGGGACCAAAUCCAACGGCCUGUCCCAGGAACUGGAGCUGUUCCUGAGCGAUCGUCAGGCCCCUGUGCGCCGGAACUCCGCCCCCGUCAGUGUGUCGUCUGUCAGGACGGCCUUCAUGAUAAAGACUUGCCAGGCCAAAGCCGUGCCUGUCAUCCCCCCAAAGGUGCAGUACAGCCACAUACCUCAUCCCACGAACAAUGAUGCAGGAAAUGAAGCAGAGAAAGAACUCACAAAAACCAGGGGAGACAAACUAGAUACUGUACCUCUUCUUCCAUCUAUCAGGGAUCUAAAGGAGGAGUUGGAGAAUAAGGAGCCAGCCCCCAAAUCCCAAAUAAGGCAGUCUAUUGCAGAGAAAUCUACAGAGACUAAUAAAACCACACCUAUUUCAGACCCACCGGUGCUGAGGAGGAAACGCUCCUCCAAUGCAGAGGCCUUUGCUGACUGUCCAAGACCUGAACGGUCUACUGUUCUACAAAGACCGUCCUUUAGGAACCGCCAGAGACCACAGAGCCUCAUCUUGUUCAGUCCACCCUUCCCCAUCAUGGAUUACCCACCGCUAGGGGAUGAUGGUAAGCUCCUCCUCUCGGCCAUCAGAAGUCCAACUGAAACAUCAGCACUCGAUGUCUUUUCUAAAGAGAUGGAUGAGAAUCUCAGGACCCCAGAGGGGGUGACCCUGCGGAACAAAAUGACAAUACCCAAGAGUGGACAGAGGCUGGAGACCUCAACCAGCUGCUUUUAUCAGCCACAGAGGAGGUCCAUGAUAUUUGACAACAGGAGCCACAGGCAGAUUGAAUGAGACACUGGACAGUAACCAGUUUCCUAACACUACUCUGGUUAUCCUUCUGCUCAUCCUCUCUUUUCUUGGACUUAUGUAAAUGAUUUUAGCAAUAUUGGGCCUAUAAUUCUACCUUUGGGAAACAAACCAUUUAUUUGUUUCCAAUGCUCCUACAAUCACCUCUCUGUCCUGCACUAAAAUAAGUAUUCUCGACUAGUGGUGAAGAUUUUAGUCCAAAUCAUAUGCAGUAAUGAUCAAUUAAUAUUCAAAUGAUAUAUUUUUUAAUUCAAAUGUUAGACAUGUUUGUAAUAUGCAUAUGAAGGAUAGACAGCCAAAGAAAGGAGAAUGUUACAUCGACCCAUAUUGCCAUUGGUAUUUGAGAAAAUGUCUUACAAGUUUGCAUGUCAUCAUUGGUAAUCACAAGGUUGCCUUUUUGCCAAAGAGAGUUGUACCUUCAGUGAUCGCUGCUUUGUUUUUAUUUCUACCUUUAUUUCUACAUAUUUUGUGAACUGAAUAAUGACUCCAUACAGUAUGGACCCACUGACGCCCAGCUAUUGUCGCUGUGAUCAGCUUUUAUCCUGACAUAGUAUCAGGACAGUGUUUUUCCAACAUUCUAAGUAAUGAGAACAGGAGAAAGCAGCUACUUUAGUUGUAAUUGUAUUAUAGACACUAAAUGGUAUUUAUUUAUCCAAUUAUGAAUCUGUAGAUAGUCAUUAACACACUUGACCAAUUCUUUGUUGUUGUUGUUAUUAUCUGGCUUCAAUUCUAGUAGCCAGACAUUACUUCACCAAUUCUAUAUUGUGUAAUGUUACCAAUAGUUAUACUGGAAUGUGUUACCAGUGCUACCAGUGAUUUAUCAGAACUGACAUAGUUGGUGUUCUCUUAUUUGGACUGUAAAGUAAUGUUUUGGUAAAGUUUUAGGAUGAGGAGGACAGAUGACAAAAGUACCUAAUGUAAAGUGUCUGUUGUGAUGAAAACAGGCUUUGAAGAGAAAUGUUUGCGUUUUAAAGAAAAAGAUAGUGAGAGAAACGAAUUUUGCUGACACUUGUAUUUGUGUAUGAUACAAGUGCAGAUUGUAAAAGAGAGGACUCAAACACUAUUCUCUAAAUGUUUGCGAAGAGUUAAAACGAAUAUCAGAACAGGGAUGCUGGUUGUUUGCAGCUGUAUUGACAUAAUACUACAUUUGUGACCUGUACAAUUCUGUAUGGACCAAAAUUGGAUGUAUUGUGUAUAGCCACGGAAAUAUAUGAAAAUAAAAAAUACACGUAUAGGCCGAACAUAUUUUCUAGGGAUUUGUUCAUAGAAUUAUUUGUCGUAAUGAUUUAUUUGGGGGAAAAAGCAUGAACUGGCGUACACCCAGAGAAAAUUAUUUAGUUUAGAGGUGCUGACUAACUGCAAAUAAUCGGUAAACUAUAAGAAUAAAGAGAGUCGCACACUAUAUAUAUAUAUAUAUAUAUAUAUAUAUAUAUAUACAUAUAUAUAUAUAUAUAAAACUCCCAGUAAUUUAUUGGGUGAAACACCAAUGUUUGGGCAUCACUGUGACUUCUUUAUUUUUAUAUGUUACAGUUUAUAAUGAUUUAUUUUGACAACAUAGUCAAACGUUUGGACACAGCUACUCAUUCAAGGGUUUUUCUUUAUUUGACUAUUUUCUACAUUGUAGAAUAAUAGUGAAAACAUCAAAAAUAUAAAAUAACACAUAUGGAAUCAUGUAGUAAUAAAAAAAGUAUUAAACAAAUCAAAAUCAUUUUUUGUAUUUAUUGGUUCUCUUAAUUUUGGUAACAGAGAUGAAAAUGUAUUGAAUUUAAGGUUAUUUGUUGAACAAAAAAGGUAAAUAUUUGCAUUACUUCUUUACUGGUGGCUCUGCACCGAAGUUUAUUUGAAGCAUUCUUUGUCAUCCUCAAAUCCGACUGAGUGUUGUGGAAAAUUACUCCCAAUAUCACAAAGAACUGCAGGAAAACAAAGAUCAAAUUCUCCAUGUUGCUAUUUUCAGCUUUUCCUCAGCACAUUUAAGUGGCAUUUUAAGUAACACCAUUUUACAAUAUUUGGGCCUAUUUGCUGAAAUUAAACUGAUUUUGAUUAAUGCAUACAUUGUCUCAAUGCAAGAGCAACUACAGUAACACUUGGAUUUUGUGUUACAUCCUGAAUUAAAAAUGGAUGAAAAAUAUUAUUUCUCACACAUCUACACACAAUACCCCAUAAUGACAAUGUGAAAACAUGUUUUUAGAAAUGUUUGAAAAUGUAUUGAAAAUGAAAUACAUAAAUAUCUGAUUUACACAAGUAUUCACACCCCUGAAUCAAAACUUUGUAGAAGCAUCUUUGGCGGCAAUUACAGCUGUGAGUCUUUUGGGGUGUCUCUAAGAGCUUUGCACACCAGGAUUGUACAACAUUUGUCCAUUACUCUUUUCAAAAUGAUUCAAGCUUUGUUAAAUUGAUGGUUGAUCAUUGCUAGACAACCAUUUCCAGGUCUUGCCAUAGAUUAUCAAGUCGAUUUAAGUCAAAACUGUAACGAGGCCACUCAGGAACAUUGUGUCGCCCUUUGUAAACAACUUCAGUGUAGAUUUUGCCUUGCGUUUUAGGUUAUUGUCCUGCUGAAAGGUGAAUUUGUUUCCCAGUAGACUGAACCAGGUUUAACCUCUAGGAUUUUCCUGUGCUUAUAGCUGUAUUUUGUUUAUUUUUAUCCCUAGUCCUUGUCGAUGACAAACAUACCCAUAACAUGUUGCAGCCACCACCAUGCUUGAAAAUAUGAAGAGUUACUCAGUGAUGUGUUGGAUUUGCCCAAAACAACACUUUGUAUUCAGGAAGAUUUUUUUCUUCAGUAUUACUUAAGUGCUUUGUUGCAAACAGAAUGCAUGUUUUGGAAUAUUUUUAUUCUGUACCGUAUUUUCACUCUGUCAUUUAGGUUAGUAUUGUGGAGUAACUACAAUGUUGUUGAUCCAUCCUCAGUUUUCUCCUAUCACAGCCAAUAAACUCUGUAACUGUUUUGAAGUCAC